AUGAGGAUUUUAAGCCCUAAGCACGGUUUCGCGGACGACUAUUCGGCACUGGUGCUCCGGCAGGAAUGGGGCAUGUGCCCUCGUGGCUGCUCCGGACGUUAUAUCGCUACAUGCGUUAACGUCACUUCCGCCACGAGCCUCGCCAAGAAAAACGACCUUCCAUUAUUGACGAUUCACAAUGUGGAUCUCUGCACCAAGGAAAAUGGUGAAAAUCAUCGGACUUCCAGAUACGAGCUGAUGACCCGUGGGGAUGACAGAGCAAGACUCGUUGUCAGACGUGGUCAAGAAUUUUAUCUGCAUCUCAAUCUAUCGCAGAACUAUAAUUCUUCCACCGACACAAUUUUUAUUUUCUUCACUUUGGAUGGCGUGAGGUCUCAACCGGGACAUGGGACAUUAGUGACAAUUGCUGUGCAUGAGCCCACGCACAUUUCCGAAGCCGUCUGGCAGGCCAUCAUAGAUGUCAAUGGAACAAAUUUCGUAAGAAUAAAGGUUGUAACAUCGGCAAAUGCGAUUAUAGGCAAGUGGAAGAUGAAUAUCGAUACCUAUCACAAGAAACUCAUAAGAACUGUCAGUUACAUGAUGGAUCAUCCAUUUUAUUUGAUCUGUAAUCCGUGGUGCAACGACGACGUGGUGUAUUUAGAUAGCGAGAAUGAGCGUCAAGAAUACGUGUUGAUGGAGGAUGGUUUAAUUUGGCGCGGCAAUCACAACCGUUGGCGGCCCACCGUGUGGAAGUACGCGCAAUUCGAACAGGACAUCUUGGACUGCGCGCUGUACCUAAUGAACCAUGUCGGCAAAGUCCGCAUUUACGGCAGAAAUCAUCCGGUCAUUAUAACGCGUUGUUUAUCCGCCGCGGUGAACUCUCCGGACAACAACGGGGCAAUGAUAGGAAAUUGGUCAGACGACUACGAGGAUGGUGUGCCACCUACGAGGUGGAUGGGCUCGCAACAAAUACUCCAGCAGUAUUACAAGACGAAGAAACCGGUCAAAUAUGGGCAAUGUUGGGUCUUUUCCGGCGUGCUGGCGACGAUUUGUCGUACUUUGGGUAUACCAUGUCGAGUGGUGACAAAUUAUUCGAGCGCGCACAUUACUCAGAACAGUCGUAUCGUAGAAUGCGUCAUCAAUAAGGACGGCAAGAUCAUGGAGGAACUCAGCGAUUCCGUAUGGAAUUUUCACGUUUGGAACGAGGUAUGGAUGAAGCGACCGGAUCUGUCGCCGGAUUAUUCGGGAUGGCAGGCGAUCGACGCGACUCGUAAGGAACUGCGCGACGGCGCUUAUCGUUGUGGACCGGCAUCGGUAGCCGCCGUGAAGAAGGGGGAACUCCUGCAUCCCUAUGACAACGCGUUCGUCUUCGCCCAGGUGAACGCAGACAAAAUCUACAGGCCACUCGAUAGGGUAUACCCAAAAUGCAACGGAUCGAUGCAGCUAAAGCAUUUAAAGUCAAUUGGCAGGGAUAAGUGCUGUACUGGCCGAUUGAUCUGCACAAAAGCAGUUGGUAAUUGGAUAAUGGAAGACAUCACACACACUUACAAGUAUCCAGAAAAAUCCGAAGAAUAUGGUGUUAUUCUAAAUGCGCUGCUCCAGCACAAGACUUCAUAUUUAGACGGUUAUUAUUAUCCAUACGAGAAGUUCAACAUCAAGUUCACUUUCGAACUGCGCGAUGAUAUCAUAAUUGGGCAACCAUUCAGUGUCGCAUUACUGAUAUCAAAUCAGCAUUCGAUGAUGGAGUAUCGUGUGUCUGUAAUUUUGAGAGCGGAAACUGCGUCGUACACCGGUCGUGGAGGCAUUCAGGUGAAGAAAUUACACACCGACAGACUAGUCCGACCAGAGACGGUCGAGGAAAUUUGCAUGGACAUUUGUUGGAUGGAGUACGGUCCGAGAUUGUUGGAUCAAUGCUCUUUCAAUAUCACCUGUCUCGCCACCGUGGAGGAUACGGAUUUCGAGUACUUUGUACAGGAAGACUUCCGCGUCAGGAAACCUGACAUUAAAAUCACGUUGCAUGACGAUGCGAUUGUUGGUCAAACCCUUCGUGCUACGGCUAAGUUCCGCAAUCCGUUGCCGAUUCCUUUGAGGAAGGGUAGAUUCCUUAUUGAGGGGCCCGGCCUGGACAAACAGUUGAAGCUAAAACUAUCGAAACCUGUCGAGGUGGAUGCAGACGCAGAAUGUAGCUUCUCCGUGAUACCAAAAUUAGAAGGACGUGCCAUGAUAGCGGCGAAGUUUUAUUCGAUUGAAUUGGACGACGUCGAUGGAUAUUCCAACGAUUUUAUAGUCAAAUCAGCAAAUCAAUAAUUCUGAGUAUUUACGAUUAUAUUCUAUAUUACUUUAGCAUAUAUGUAUAGUA